CUGUAUGAGCUCUGCAGCAUCUCCUGGCAUCAUCUGUGCAAAUCAGCAGCGAAUAGCAGGGGCUUCACAGACCCCCAGUACAAAGCAUGGCUUAAUGUAACCGCAACCUCUUCAUCAGCACCAGGAGCCAUGGUGAGGCCAUCAAUAAAUAGACGGUGAUAAAGGAGAGGAUAGCAGUCAGCAUGGCCCAGAGCAAGCGGCACACAUACAGCCGGACCCCAAGCUCGAACUCCAGGAUGAGUGUGGAGGCGACAGGAAAGCCCCUCAAAGUGGGCUCCAGAGUGGAGGUGAUCGGGAAGGGACAUCGAGGGACAGUGGCUUAUGUAGGGUCUACCCUAUUUGCCACAGGAAAAUGGGUGGGGGUCAUUCUCGAUGAGUCCAAGGGAAAGAACGAUGGCACGGUUCAGGGCAAGAGAUACUUCAACUGCGAAGAGAAUCAUGGGAUAUUUGUCCGACAGUCACAGAUCCAGGUUGUGGAUGACGGAGCAGACACCACGUCCCCUGAAACGCCUGAACCGGCUGCCUCCAGAGUCCUCAAGAGAGAUGUCUCCGAGACGCCCAAAACCAGUAAACUGCGUGGAGUAAAGCCUAAAAAGGCACCGACAACCCGGAAGAUUACUACCCGCCGCCCCAAGCCUACUCGGCCCUCCAGUUCAGCAGCCUCCAGUGGAACUGCAGGGGCCUCUGGCUCUGCAUCUGCAUCAUGUGGAGAGAUCAGCAGCAGCGAACCCAGUACUCCGGCCCAGACACCGCUGGCAGCGCCCGUCAUCCCCUCACCCUCUUCUGCUCUCACCUCGCCGGUGGCCCCACUUCCAACACCGGGGCCAAGCAAGGAAGAGGAGAAUCUGCGAGCCCAGGUCAAAGACUUGGAUGAGAAACUGGAGACCUUAAAGAUGAAGCGGGCUGAGGACAAGUCUAAACUGAAGGAGUUGGAAAAAUCUAAACUUCAGCUGGAACAGCUGCAAGAAUGGAAGAGCAAGAUUCAAGAGCAACAAGCAGACCUCCAGCGGCAGCUCAAGGAAGCCAAGAAGGAAGCCAAAGAGGCUCAAGAAGCUCGAGAACGUUACAUGGAGGAGAUGUCUGACACUGCUGACGCCAUUGAGAUGGCCACUCUUGACAAAGAGAUGGCAGAAGAGCGAGCAGAAUCCUUGCAGCAGGAAGUUGAGACCUUGAAAGAGAAGGUGGAGGAACUCACCAUGGACCUUGAGAUCAUAAAGCAUGAAAUAGAAGAGAAUGGUUCAGAUGGAGCUGCGUCCAGUUAUCAGGUCAAACAACUGGAGGAACAGAACACCCGACUAAAGGAAGCUCUGGUCAGGAUGCGAGAUCUGUCAGCCUCUGAGAAGCAGGAACACGUCAAGGUUCAGAAACAGUUGGAGAAAAAAAAUACUGAGCUAGACACGUUAAGGCAGCAUAAAGAGAAGCUACAGGAGGAGGGGUCUCAAAUGGAGAAGACCAUCGAUGAAUUGAAGGAACAGGUAGAUGCAGCUCUUGGAGCUGAAGAGAUGGUGGAGACUCUGGCUGAAAGGAACCUGGAUCUAGAAGAGAGAGUGCGCGAGCUGCGGGAGACCGUCAGUGAUUUGGAGGCCAUCAAUGAAAUGAACGAUGAGCUACAGGAGAAUUCCCGGGAAACAGAGCUGGAGCUACGGGAACAGCUGGACAUGGCCACCGCCAGAGUGCGUGAGGCAGAGAAACGCGUGGAGGCAGCACAGGAAACUGUGGCAGAUUACCAGCAGACCAUCACCAAAUACCGAGACCUCACUGCACACCUACAGGAUAUGAACCGAGAGCUCCGCAGCCAGCAGGAGGCCACUGUGGAGAAGGAGCAGCAGCCUUCUCCAGAAAUGUUUGACUUCAAGAUCAAGUUUGCAGAGACAAAGGCCCAUGCAAAGGCCAUUGAGAUGGAGCUACGGAAGAUGGAGGUAAAUCAAGCAAACCGGCAUGUCUCCUUACUCACUUCCUUCAUGCCAGACAGCUUCCUGCGACAUGGCGGGGACCAUGACUGUAUCUUAGUUCUUCUGCUGAUCCCUCGACUCAUUUGCAAGGCAGAGCUGAUCAGCAAGCAGGCCCAGGAGAAGUUUGAGCUGACAGAGACCCGGGAGGAGAAGGUGGGCAUUCGAGGAGCUGUAGGGGAACAGAUGAGUUUUGCAGCUGGACUGGUGUACUCCCUCAGCCUCCUACAAGCCACGCUCCACAAAUAUGAACAAGCUUUGAAUAAGUGCAGUGUGGAAGUGUACAAGAAGAUCGGGAUGCUAUACCCAGAGAUGAGCGUACACGAACGCUCUCUGGAUUUCCUCAUUGAGCUUCUGCACAAAGACCAACUGGAUGAGACCGUGAACGUGGAGCCGCUGACCAAGGCUAUCAAAUAUUACCAGCACUUAUACAGUAUCCACCUGGAGGAGCAGACAGAGGACUGCACCAUGCAGCUCUUCGACCACAUCAAGUUUACACAGAGUGCCCUGGACUGUAUAGGGGUGGAAGUGAGCCGGCUGCGUGCCUUCCUGCAUACCGGUCAAGAAGCAUCAGAUCUGGCAAUCCUUCUAAAGGAUCUAGAGACCUCAUGUAGUGACAUCCGUCAGUUCUGCAAGAAGAUCAGACGCCGAAUGCCUGGCACAGAGGCUGCAGGGAUACCAGCUGCUCUUAGCUUUGGAUCACAGGUCUCCGAGAUAUUGCUGGAGUGUCGCAAGCAUCUGAAGUGUGUGGUGGCGGUGUUCCAGGAAGUGGCAGCUGCUGGGGCACAGAUGCUCGCUCCUCUUGGGGAAAAUGAGGGUCUACAAGCUUUGAAACUGGAGGAUGUAGCCUUCAAGGCAUCAGAGCAGAUAUACGGUUCACAGGGCAGUAACCCAUAUGAGUGCCUUCGCCAGUCCUGCAACAUCUUGAUUGCCACCAUGAAUAAGAUGGCCACCGCCAUGCAGGAAGGGGAGUAUGAUGCAGAGAAACCCCAAAGCAAGUCACCUCCUCCGGUGGAGCAGAGAGCGGCUGCCCUGCGAGCAGAGAUUACAGAUGCAGAGGGACUUGGUUUGAAACUGGAGGACAGAGAGACGGUUAUCAAGGAGUUAAAGAAAUCGCUGAAGUUCAAGGGCGAGGAACUCAGCGAGGCGAAUGUUCGUUUAAGCCUCCUGGAAAAGAAGCUGGACAGUGCCUCCAAAGAAGCAGAUGACCGGGUGGAGAAGAUCCAGACCAAGCUAGAAGAGACCCAGACACUACUGAAGAAGAAGGAGAAAGAAUUUGAAGAGACCAUGGAUGCCCUACAGGCUGAUAUUGAUCAAUUAGAAUCUGAGAAAGCAGAACUUCGUCAGCGGCUAAACAACCAGUCGAAGAGGACCAUUGAAGGGCUACGAGGAGCUCCUGCUUCUGGCGUGGCCUCUAUCGUAUCUGGGAUUGCAGGAGAGGAAGAGCAGAGAGGAGUCUCUUCCAACCAAGGUUUACUGAAUGGAUCUGGACCUGUGCAGAUCAGGGACUCUCCAUUACUGCUGCAGCAAAUUGAAGCCAUGCGGCUCUCAUUAACUCAUCUAAAGCACGAGAACAACAGACUGAAGGCUAAACGGAUAAAGGAGGAUCUGGCUUCUCUGCCCCCUCUGCAUAUCCCUAAGCUGACACUCCCCAAAGACCGUCAGCGAGAGGAUCCGCUGUCCGGCACUUUGUACCGCAAGACCAGCCAGCUACUCGAUACUUUGCAGCAAAUGAGCGCCAGUACCAAGGUGGUAGACAUCACACACAAGAAGACAAGGAGUCCAGCAGCCCAGCUACUCGAGCAGACAGCCCGGCUAAAGUCUCUCAGUGACACAAUUGACAAACUGAAGGAUGAAGUUCUAAAAGAGACAGUCUCCCAAUGUCCUGGAGCAAAUGUCCCAACACAUUUUGCCACGUUUCCUUCCUCUGCCUUCAUUAAGGCCAAAGAAGAGAAGAAAGAAGACACAGUUUACAUUGGCAAAGUGGUUCUCCCUUGUCAGCCAGGGCAUGGCGAGCUACACCGGCUUGUGCUGACCCCAGAACAACUAGAAGAUUUGCAUGGCAGAUUGAUCCGUUAAGAGCAUAUUUACAGGCCUUGUUUGGGCUUUGCCUUUCACUGGCCAAAGAGUUGAUGUAUUGGUCUAAUCGGUGCGAUCUGAAAUAUGAUGCCCACAUAAAGUACAUCUCUCGGUCUUCCAUCCUCGUACUGUCCAUGGAUGCUUAUUAUAUCACUUCCUGUACAUCUCUAUAGCAAUGGCUGGAUUGUUUCUUUUACAACCUGGUCAAGUGAUAAGGGCCAUCUCUCAGUUGAGGUUUGAGUUAACUUACAGGAAUGGCUCUUAAUGGCACUUAAAAUAAUU